UAACUCCCCGUCCUGUGACAUGCCCGCCACGGCACUCUUCGAUGAUGACGCUCCGGCGGCGCUAGGAAGGGAUAGUGUGGUGCAGAUUUGCGUGUAUCGUGGGAGCAAAUUGGAGUAAAAGUAUUACCACACUCACAGAUAAACACAAUAGAUUACCAAAUGUACACCACGGUAUAUAAACCAAAAUUAUAUUUUCUCGGCACAGUACGCGGGUUCGAAUCGGCGCAGGCUGGGAGGAGUUUUUUGAAGUUUCUUUUGGUAUCUGGGUCAAGGUCGUAGUGCAUAGUUCUGUGGACGCUGAGGAAUAAGGAUAGGGCUAACAUAAUGAAGGGGAUAACCAGCACAGCCAUCUGCUUAGCAAUAUUAGCGAUAGCAAAGUGUGAGCCUCCCAGCACAAGCUACGGAACACCCAUAGCUCCACCCAUAAGCAGUUAUGGAACUCCAAACUACCAAGCGAAUGGGCAGGAUCACGGAGAUCAUGGGGGCGGUGGAGGAGGAGGACAUGGUGACCAUGGAGAUCAUGGAGAGCCUAAAGCGUACGAAUUUGGAUAUCAAGUGAAAGAUGAAUACACCGGAACGGAUUACAACAGGAGAGAAUCUAGUGACGGCAACCAGGUCCGAGGCGAGUACCGUGUGGCGCUCCCCGACGGCAGACUCCAAAUAGUAACCUACUGGGCGGACUGGCAGAGCGGCUUCCACGCUGAUGUGCGGUACGAAGGCGAAGCGCAGUACCCUGAUCAGUACAACAAGGGGGGUGCGGGCGGAUACCAACAGGGAGGGUACCCGCAAGGAGGUGCUGGUGGAUAUCCGCAAGGAGGUGGAGGUGGGUACCAGCAAGGCGGAUACCAGCAAGGAGGAAACAACGGGGGAUACAGCGGUGGCGGAGGUUACUCAGGAGGAAAUGACGGUUACAACUACAACAGCAAUAACAAUAACUACAACUACAAUGAUGGUGGCUAUAAUCACAAUACACCCAGCAAUGUCUAUGGACCUGUAUAGUACAAAGUAGAGGAAUAAGAUAACAAAUUUCAUGUGGUGAUGUAUCUCAUUCUUAGUUUAAGUAUUUGAUAAGGAGGGUGUGAAAAUUGCCAAUUAUUUGUAUUUUUUAUAAAUAAAGUUUGUCAAUCUACUUA